UGUUGAUUGCAUUGCAUUGUUCGCCUCGCCUCGCCUAUUCGGAGGCGAAACAAAGAGAUGUGAAAAAACCCGCAGAACAUUCCAAAAACCACCACUCCGCCCUCCAAGAUGCAUUCCGCCCAGGCGCAGGCUCAGGCCCGCGACAAGAUAUUCAAGAACUGGAAGGGGAUCAGCGAGGUGACCAUCAUAAAGGAGGUGGCCACCAAGGGCGAGCACAUCGACCUGUGCAUGGAGUACUGGGCCCAGAAGAGGAAGAUCCCCGUCUCGGAGUACCGCCACUACUUCUACGACGUGGUGCAGGCCUAUGUGCAGCGCCUGCUUUCCGAGCGACUCGUUUGCAAGGCGGAGGAUGUGAUCCGUAACGUGGACCGGGAUGUCAAGUGCUUCUUCUUCCAGUUCACCUGCGAGUGCCAGGACGAGGAGUUGUGUGAGUUCGUGCUGGAUCACCUACGCAAUCGGGAGCCCCUGAUGUACGAGCAAGAGGAGCCAGUCCUCGCAUACCAUUGGUCCCUGGUCCAGCAGCUGCGGGAGUGUGAGUCCCUGGUGGCCAAGCAUCGGGUGCAUCUGCCGCGUGUCCACAUAGAAGCCUUGAUGACUCUACCGGAGGAGGCCCUGCAGUUGCUACUCGUCGAACUGUACUUCGCCAAUGGCAAUGAAUCUCUGCUGGGAUCCCUCUCGAAGAAAAUGGUCUGGCAGCAUCUGGUGGAUAGUGAUGAACAGGCGAAGCUCCAACGCUGGUGUCGCUGCCAGGAGGAGAGCUUCGAAGCCCCGGAAACGCUCUCUCCCUUGGAACAGGGCUUCGCCGCAUGGAAAAUAGAUGACAGCAUGUAUGAAUAUGCCCUGGAGCAACUGCGGCAGCCCAACGAAGUGCUGCGAAACUUCUUUGCCCGCGCGGGAUACUUUUUCACUGAUGAGUCCGGCGAUAUUCCUUCUUUGCUGCGUCGCCUUUGCACCAUGGAGUGCUUGGGAAAGCACGCGGAUCUCCUCAGCCGUCAGCCUCUGGCCAAAUAUCUGCUGGAUCGCGGCCAAUACUCUCUGCUCCUCAUGGAAUGUGUGCCUGUAGCCUCGCUGGAACAGCUGGCCGGCACUGAGACCCAUCAGGAGAGUCUCAUUAACCUAAUCGUCGAUUUAAAAACGAAUUCGCUGACCGAGAAUGAGGGCUUCGAGUUGAUUUCCAAGAGCGUCCAGGCAUAUUUGGAGAAAACUCACGAUACAGCCGACUCAUUUGAAGGACAUCCCCUGCUUACCUUCUACGACUUUCUGGGUCAGGAACCAAGUGUGCGGUCCCUGGAGGGAUUCCUCACUUCCACAAACUUGGGCCGGGUGCCCUAUCUCAAAUCGCUGAUUGCUCGAUUCGAUCACGGACCAACUAGCAGCAGUUCUAGCCUGCCCACAGCCCAUGAUCUUUUUUUGAAGUUCAAGCAGGUGAAUCUACCGCUCCUGGCCACCGCUGGACACGGCGAACUGGUCAGCUUCUCAAAUGCGCGCCUCUGUCAGCGCUACGCCAGAAAAUCUCAACUGAAUUACACACACUAUCUGAAGCAACAGAGGAGUGCCUAUGCCGUUUAUUAUCUGAUCGCCGAGCAACUGCAGCUUUAUGGUCAGAUCACAAAGACCCAACUUUUCCAUGCCUGCGAGACGGUUACUCAGAUGGCACUGCAGCACGCCGGCGAUGAGGAGCUUGUGACCCAUUGCGUUGCUUGCUGCGAGAUGCUGGGCUUUGAUACCCAGCCACUAAGGAGUUUUCUUCUACUACAGCGGAGACUACCGAAGCCACGGAGCGGAGAAAGUUACUCGGAUUCGCUGGCUGAGUGGGAUCGGGAUUUAGUGCAGCAACUCGAAGCAAAUCCCAAAGAAUUUCCCUUGGAACUAUAUCAAUCACUGAUGCGUCUGGCUGUUCGAGAUACUCCUGGAAAACUUCCAGCGGGCUUGCUCGAACACUAUGCCUCCAGAAAUGACUGGUGGCACUUGCUUCUCAUCUUUCAAUACUUCGAUCUUCCUUUAAGUGAACUAAAGAAGCUCUUACCGCACUUUAAGGCCUCUCCAAUCGGUGUGCAUCUGCUGCGCGCCUUAAGUUUCGAAUCCUCUGGCGAUCGUCAGCACAAAAGGAGUUUCCAAAGACCGCCUCGUCGUAGCGGAGAAACGCAGACCAACUCCUCGCAAGAAACGAUGACUAAUUCAUCACACAGUUCGAACCAAGAAACCAGCAUGCAGCAGCUUCAAAGGAACACCGAACAAUCCCUGUGCACUUUGCUAACCCACACAGCUCGUCAGGAUAUAUUUGCCAUCAUACUGUGCAGUACCAAUAGUCUGCCAGAUGAAAUUAUUCCCACCACAGCAAAGUUUCUGGAGAUUAUGGUUGGCAAUGCCCCGCAUUGCACAAGUAUCAAUCUCUUGAGGCACUGCAUCCGACAGGAGCUGCCUAUCUUGGCUGUGCUGGCAGUCACACUCAGCGAACAGAACCGGGAUUGGUGCUGGAUCGUUUGGCUCUCGGUUUCCAGCGGUCAGUGGAGCCACCUACUGCAGGAGGCCUGCAAAGUGCGCGAGGAGAAUCGAGAGGAGUGGGUGUGGUCUGUCAUCCGAGGAGCUGUAGCUGGUGGUCAUGUGAAUGCUCUGCUACACAGCCUAGAAAUUUUUCAGCCAGAGUGCAAAUUUACGCAUCUGUGUCGUUUUCUCCAGCUGACAGCCCACCAGGAGGAUUUUAGCGAUGCCACAAUCGUAGAACUACGUCAGUUCUUUUUUAGCUGGAGCCAGAAUUCAGUUUCCUUGCCACUUUGUGGUGCCCUUCCCAGAAAGCUAGUAAUGCAACGCUCCAUUGGCUUGCUUAUCAUCCAACUGCAGUCCAACUUUGACUGCAUUUUGCAGCAGCAGCGAUUCCUCGACUGCAUCUGUCGCUCGGAUGUGGGUGAUAUUUGUGAUCUGCUUAAUUUCUGUCUCCUACAUAAAGUUUUUGGCGUGGCAGCCACCUGGCUGCGAGAACUUUCCAUUGAUCUGGAGCAGCUUGUGAAGAAGGACAGCUUAGAGUACAGACGGCUGGUAGAUGCCCUCACAGAAGCUCGAGCUUACGAGGAAGCCCUUCAACUAGCCACCUUGCUGCAGCUGCCGCUAAGUGAUAUUGUUUAUCGCAAAUGGAUGGCCGAGCUGGAAGGCGGCGAAAUAAGGCCCCAUCAGGAGUAUGAAAAGGAGAUUCAACAGCACUCUCUAGCACCCGCCAUUCUAGUGAGUUUUCUCCUACAAGCGGCUUCCUCCGUUGGCCACGUGGGUGUGCAACGAUAUGAGCUGCUUCAGAGUACGCUGGGCGUGAUCAAACAGCACCAUUUGUUUCCCAAUGAAUCUUUUGAUCGUGAUCAGAUUGAGUAUGAUAUGGUUCUGUGCUAUCUGCUGCUACCGGAGGACCGGCUGUCCCAGCUAUCCAUUUACCACUCGGAAUAUUUUGAACAAAUCAUGCUUCAAGAGCGCUGUGUGCUUUAUAAAUCCUUCUCGGAACUCAAAGAACUGGCAGGAAUUGACGACCUCAGCAUUUCUGAUAAAACUAAGCUAACCCCAGAGAUGGAAAGCAGACUCAAUACUUUACUAAACACGCUUUUGGACAAGGGCGACAUAGUGGAGGCACUGCGUCUUCAAGAGCUGUUUGAAUUUCGGCCAAAUGACCUUAGGUUUAUCGUAUUUGCAAUGGCACUAGCCGAGGGCAUGACCAGCAUUAGUAAGCUGUCAAGCAAGGAACGCCAGCUGCUGGGCGAGAUUGAGAAGAGUGCAUUUCCAAAGUUUAAUCGGAUUACUCUAAACCAAAAUGUGAUGUCGCGUUGGGACAGUGAUCUUUCUGACAGCUGUUCGGACACGGUGGCGAUGGAGUUUGAAGAGAUUCCCUCCAAGGAGAAACAGCAGACUCUGGACACCUUGCUGGGCAUAGGAUCAAAGUUAAAAUACGGCGUGGAGCUUGGUAGACGUAUUGUUCUUGCCUAUAGGGCAGCCAUGUAUCUGGACAAGGAAUACCUCGAUGUGCUGCGUACCAAGGAUGCUAGUGUGCUUUUAAAGAGCGCCGCUGCCGAGGAUUGCUUGCAGCGUCUGCUGGUGGUCAGUGAUAUACAAAUAUCCACGCGAAUGACACCAAAAGAAAUUGCCGAGUGUAUAGCCCUGGAGCUGACCACCUGUAUUGUACGUCCCCGGUUCUAUAUUUUUAACGCCAAGGAGCAGCCAAGAAAUGCUUUGAGGAACGCUGAUCUUUGGGGCCACAGCAUAGAUAGGGAUUUCCACUUGUUCCUAGAACUGGCUCCCAAUUCAACCAUGUUGGGUAACUGUUUGCUGGAGUAUUGUGAUGCCCUAAAGAUAUAUCGUCGAUAUCAGGAAGGAAAGGUAUUCGAGGAGACUGAAGCCUUCGAAAAUCUGUCCAAGGUUAUAAAACUCUAUGGAUUGCCAACGCCCUCUCCCACGGGAACAAUAUCCGGCAUUCCCCAGGUGUUGUCCCACAAAAAGCUGAAUCAAAUCUACGUUGAGCUGUUGAUCAAAGCGCACUUGUGUUUCGUGCACGAAUGCUCUAUGGAGGGUAUUGUAAGUGUUCUUCAGAAAGCUAAAGUUCUAAAUGGGCAACUGGCCCAGGCGAAAUCCUGGUCGCUGAUUGUCCGGAUGCUGAUUGGAAUAGCGCGUUAUCGUGAGAUGUUCUAUUGCUUCGAUUCACUGAUUGAGAACGAGCAAUUCGAGUCCUUGUUGGGACAGUUCGAUGAGGAUCAGAAGGGCGGACUUCGGCAGGCAAUUCUUAGCUACCUAAGGGAGUACCAACCAAAGAAUGGAAAGGAACUGCUGCGUUUGGCGGCCCUUCACUUCCUUAUGUACAAGGAAUUGGCGGAGAUGUGGACCACGGAGGCCCAGGAGAUAGUCAGCAAAAUUCAAGCCCUCGCCGAACAGUCCAACAAGCUGAAAUGCUCGGCGGAGGUGCAAACUCUUUUGCAGCAGGCAUUGGAAAAUUACACACAUGCUACGGAGAACUAUUUGUUGGACAACAAGCUAUUGCUGGCUCAGCAGUGUGUUUCCCGCGCGGAGCUGAUGGCCAUGCAGCUGGAUCUGUGCAACAAGGCACUGGAAAAGCGGCACAACACCAACUCCAAUAGUAUGUGCGUGAUCGUCAUUGGAGUAAGGACAAGAGAACAUUUUCGGGAGUUGGUCAACAAUCAUCUAAGCGUACCCCAAACUUUGAUUCUUGGUCGCGCCUAUGGUUAUGACAUUAACUGGAGCGAGGCCAUCUUGUCCCAAUUUGUAGUCCUUCAAGCACCAAACUAUCUGCAGGAAUAUCUGUGCCAUCAGCGAAUCAAUGACGAUGUGAUUGAGCAGGUGGUCAAGGGAUACUUGCUCCACGCCCAAAGUAAUGCCACAAAUUCAAAGCAGGAGGAGUCGCUGGUCCAACUAGUGGAACUAAUCAAAUCGGUUAUUCUGAAAUACAAACUGGCUUCGAUUUUGGGGCUCAAGUCCAUCGUGAUGUCUUUAAUCAACGAUUCCUCAGUUUAUUAUCUGAGAGAUACAAACUUCGGUCGCAGCGAAUUCCACACGGCAGGGGAUACGUGACAUAUAUACCAUUGUGAUUUUAAAAUGUUUUUAUGUAACAAAAUUAGCACUGAAUAUGUUAUUACAAAUAUACAAUUACAAAUAGUUAAACUUUUC